GAGGAAGAGCGGAGGAGGAGGAGGAGUGGGGUCGUUAGCGGGACGUUUCCCUUCCUCUUCUUCACUCUCUAUCCUGUCACGGUGUGAGCCUCAUCCUCCACUAUACAUCACCACCUCCUCUUCCUCCUCCUCGCUCUUCACUCUGCAGGCAGCAACAAGGACGUCCUUCUCCUUCUCAUCCUCCCACUCUUCCUUCUUCUUCUUCUCGUGCAGACGAUGCGAGCGACGAUCUGCUAGGACAACUUCUUCUUUUUUCUCCGUGAAGAUCGCAGAGCUCUGGACUCGUCGGCACCUUUGAAUGUAACAUUGCUCCGACCAGGCCGGGAAUAAAAAGCCAUCGACAAUGAAUUUCGUUAUGAAACAAGCGUUGGGAGGGGCCACCAAAGACAUGGGCAAGAUGCUGGGCGGCGAGGAGGAAAAAGACCCCGAUGCCCAGAAGAAAGAGGAGGAGAGGCAAGAGGCACUGAGGCAGCAAGAGGAGGAACGGAAGGCCAAGUACGCCAAAAUGGAGGCAGAGAGGGAAAACAUCCGACAAGGCAUCAGGGAUAAGUACGGCAUAAAGAAGAAGGAGGAGAAGGAGGCGGAGGCGGCCGCCGCCAUGGAGCAGGCCUCGGAGGGCAGCCUGACACGCCCCAAGAAGGCAGUGCCCACCGGCUGUGGUGAGGAGGAGGAGGAGGAGAGCAUCAUGGACACGGUGAUGAAGUUCAUCCCGACACCUCUCAUGGAUAUGUUCAACAAGAAGUAACGCCGUUUCACAUAUGACCACCUCCUCUGCCCUCCCACCUCCUCACACUCUACUCUUCUUCCACUGCUGCCACGUGACGUUAUGUUGGUCACAAAAUGGCUCAUUUAACGUCCUGUCCGCCACUUAUUAAUCAAUAAAAAUAGUCAUAAUCACACCUAUCAUGCCAACUUUGAUUUGUAAAUAGCCUGGCAUUAUGCGGCAAAUAAUUCUAUUUAUAUAUACAUAUAUAUAUAUAUAUGUAUAUAUAUAUAUAAAAUAUGUAUAUGACAUAUAUCAAGAUGGGUAGAUAAGUACAAGCCAUAUUUUCAACUUUGAAAACAAUUUACAAAUCCCUUUUUUGUUCUUUUAUGUUAAUAUUUGAUGCAAAUAUGGGAAAACAACAGAUCGUCCUUGUGACAUAAUCAAAGAAGUGAUUGGUUUAUUCUUUAGUUUUUUCUUUUUGGCAUGUAGUGAGAUGUUGUAACGUGACGUGGUUGUCGCCGUGAACGGAAAUAUUUGAGGUUAUAACUGCUUUUUCUGUUUGUUUGUUUGUUUAUGACUGAAGAAAUCAAUAAUUGAAGAUGCUUAAAAAAAAAAGGCGUGCAGUUGCCGAA